CAUCAUGGCGUCGCUACCAACUGUCACGACUGCUUCUUCUAGUUCGUCCACUCCAAAGAUUGCACAGCAAAAAAGUAUCGUCGAGGUGUUGCAAGAUGUUCAGAAGAGAAUCCAGGGAUAUGGCCCAGGCCCUUUCACUCCGGAACAAGCAAAAGAAGUUGAACGGCUCAAAGUUAUUUUUCGUAGAUUAAAGGCAGAAAAUGAUAAGGCAAUGCAGGAAGGCAAGAUAGCUGUGAUGAGAACAACAACUGUUAUGACACCUGUCACUCAGGUCUUGACACCUAUCACUCAUGUUGCCACACCUAAUGCCAUGCAGAUGACAAAGAUUGCCCCUGCAACCACAGCACUCCCAAACCAACAGACUGCUGUUCUUCCUGCGACCACUGUGACUGGUGGGAUCCCUGCUGGUCAGGCAUCACUGGCCACAAAGACUAUUCUCCCACAGACUACUACUUUGCAACCAAUUCAGCCUCAAAAUGUGGUCAUCAAUCCAGCCUCCAUUCAACAGCUUCAGAGAACUGCAGAUGGGGUUACAGUUCAACAUACAGUGAAGUCACCUCAACCUACCACUCUUCAAGUUACACAGACUCUAGCACCUGGACAGCAGAUAGCAGUCAGAACUGUUGCAUCAGCACAACCAGGACAAAGCAUUAAACCUACGGUCACUCUCACAAACAGACCCAUGCAAGUGGCUUCAGGUGUGACACAGGCCGUAACUCUACAGAGGCAUUUAGCCCCUAACAAGUCACCAGUUCAUAUGCCAAUCACUCUGGCUCCAUCCGGUACAGUAUCUGCUGCUGUACCAUCUGGAGGACACAUUACCAACAUAGCACCAGCACCAAUAGCGGCUGCUGUGUCCAAAGGAAUUUCAACACAAGCUGCUGGAACAACCCUGAGAGGGGACAGCAGCAGCCCGGCACCGAACCAAGUUCUGACCAAACGACGACUGCAAGACUUACUUCACGAGAUUGACCCUCGAGAACAGAUGGAUGAUGAUGUUGAAGAUCUGUUGCUGCAGAUUGCAGAUGACUUCAUAGAGAGUGUGGUGACAGCUUCGUGCCAGAUUGCUAAGCAUCGGAAAUCAAACACAUUGGAAGUACGAGAUGUUCAGCUGCACCUGG